AUGAAGACGGGCGGCACGUUUCAGGAGAUCGUGGCGCUGGCGGUGUCGCUGGGGGGCCUGUGGGCGCUGCUCCUCGCGCAGCAGUUCCCGCCCGCCGUCAACCAAGUCAUCCUCAUCCUGCCGGUGUACGCGGUGGUGGCGCUGGGGUGCUACGCCGUGGGCGCGCUGGGGUACGGGCUCAUGCGCUUCCCCACCUGCCCGCACGAGGGCGCGCUGCUGCGCCAGGACAUAGCAGAAGCCAAGGAGUAUCUCUCAAAGCACGGCCUGCAAUAG